ACGCACUUGGGCUAUCGGAUCCGAAUCGACCUCACCUCAGGCAGCACGGCCUUGUUUCUAGGCACCCCGACAUCCCCCAAAUCCCCCACCCUGAGAAGAGAAGAGAAGAGAAGGCGAGGGUCGAUCUAGGGUUAGGGUUCUCUCGCUCUUCUCUCUAGCAAAGCGGCGAUGGAGUUCACACGGCAGGAGCAGUUUGAUGCGUACGUCGAUUUGAUACUGGCGGUACGGCAGGAGGGGACGACGAAGGCGGCGGAGGAGGCGGAGAGGAGGAAGACAGCCCACGCCCCCAAAAACAAAAAGAAGAGCGCGCGGAAGGCGGCGGCUCUGGAGUGGGCGAGGAAGAGCUUGGAGGCGGAGAGGGCCAAGGACAGGAGCGUCUUCAAGCCCAAGACGAUGACCGAGGAGGACGUCGCGGCGGCGGCCGGAGGAACCAGGACCGGAAGGGGGAGCUGGACGCCGUCAUCAAGUGGAUCGCCACGGGAGACCCCGAGGAAAUCAGGAUCUCGAACCAGUGGGUCGAGGAAAACAUGGAGGCCAUGAAGCUGCAGGCGCUCGACCCCACUGACUACUGGGAGGCCGUCGAUGCCAGGAGGCACCGGGAAUCCGGCGAAUCUCUGCGGGUCGACUCCUUCGGUCCCUCACCCACCCAGCCCAUGUGUUACACGGACGACAAGCCUCCGCGUGGACGCGGUACAGCCUACCCUGUGCGUACUCUGCAGGUCUUUUCGGUCAGGGUUGGAGCCAUCACAGGUGGAUUGGACUGGCCUCUCGAUGUGUAUGGUAUCAUUGCCGCACGCGACUCAUUUGAUCAGAAUCGCAACAUCAUCUUCAACCGCUCCAGGGAUAACUGCCAAACCAUUGACACGAAGAAUCCAUGUCUGAGACUGACAGGUCCUACCCGCGCUGUUGUUGUUGUGGAUCCUGCGUCCUUUGAGGUUAACUUGCGAGUUAAGGGCAGAACUGAAUCAGAGGACAGAGAAUUGAGUAAUCUAGUUUUUUAUUAUCAUGAUUCUGGUUCUAGUGAAUCAUACGUGAUUAAACGUGUCAGCACCAGCAAGCUUAGCACAGUGGCAUUGAUGCUGGGUGAUAUUGUUAAUUCAGUGGAGGCCACCAUCAGUGUGAGAGUUGUUGGUGGGGAAUGGCCAGGAGGUUUUCAAGGUUUAAUUUCUGCCAACACGGCCAGUAUUGAUGCCAAGAAAAUCGAGUUGCUUGCGUUCGGAGAUAAGUUGCCUCUUGCAGCUGAUGGCAUGAUACAGCUUUCAUGACAUGUUGUAUCUGUUGAAGCUAAUGGAGAGUUGAUAGUCUCCGUCAUGGCAAGUAGCUUGGAGGAUCAAACUGUUGAGAGAGAUUCAGAAGCAUUCAGAGCCAAGAAAGCCUCCAGGAGCAUGCGUAUGCUUGAAGUUCACCGUUGUAAGUUUGAAGUCACCGUCGCAUGGUCUCUUGUCCAGAACCUACCUUAUUUCCACAAACUUACAAAUGAUGUCUCCGUCAUGGCAAGUAGCUUGGAGGAUCAAACUGUUGAGAGAGAUUCAGAAGCAUUCAGAGCCAAGAAAGCCUCCAGGAGCAUGCGUAUGCUUGAAGUUCACCGUUGUAAGUUUGAAGUCACCGUCGCAUGGUCUCUUGUCCAGAACCUACCUUAUUUCCACAAACUUACAAAUGAUGUCUGAGUUCAGUUGCUGUAUGAUUGUUAUUGGUUUAUGUCAAGUGGUAGUUGGAUGUUGGUAUCUUGGUUAAAUUUGUCUUGACUAGUAUGCAAUGUACGCAAGUGAAGAUAUACUGUAUUUGACUAUGUAAGUAAUGUGGAAAACUUGAGGGAUAUAUAUUUGACUCAA